AGUUACAACGUAGAACUUCGUACGUACUUACAUCAGUUCGAGUUGCCAUACCACAUUAGCACGGAGAUGAAGUUGUCGAUUCAAAUCCCAUAUUGGUAGAAGUAGUAAGAGUAUAAGUAUUAUGUGAAAGAUAAGGGUUUGAAGAUGCUAUUGAAGAAGUAUAAUCCAGUGGAAUAAAUUUGGAAAGAGAAAAAAGAAAAGGAUAAGAAGAAUUCAGAAGAUUAGAAUUUGGUAGAACACAAAGAGUGCAUGCACCUUCGCCAUUGCAAACGAUUUUGAGCCAUGUCAUUCAAGGUCUCUAACCAUCGGUUGCUAUCAUCUCGUGAAUCCCAAACAGGUAGUCUACACCUACCAACACGGCCCAGUCCACUUGUCAAUAACUUCAUGGAUUUAUGCCAUGUUUUGGUCUGGCCGCCCCUAGCUUUCUUCCAACCUGCUCCUACACCAUAAAGCAUUGCACGUCGGGGCAGUCUGUGGUUGGGCAUACGUAACACAUGUCCCAGCCACCUCAACUGGUGAAGUUUCACUACUUCAUCAAUCGAUUUGCCAUCCUUACCUAGAACCCUUUUCCUAACAUCUGCAUUACUUAUCCGGUGGCCCCAGGAUAUACGAGCAAUGCUUCGAAGACACCUAUGAUCGAACACUAGUAGCCUUCGAGUAUCCUCUACUCUUAUCGGCCAUGUUUCACUGCCAUAAAGUAGGACGGAACAAACUGUUUCACAGUAAACCCGUCCUUUUGUUGCUAGACGGAUAUCUCGCUUACGCCAUAAAUGACGCAAGUUGGCGAAAGCUAGACGAGCCUUCUGUAUCCGUGCUGAGAUUUUGUAACACACCAGACCACAAGGGCAGAUGAGACUCCCAAGAUAAGUGAAGCUGUCAACACGCUCAACUACUUAACCCCCUAUCAUUAGUUCAGGUGUCGCUGCAACCCAAUCCUGAAGUAACAUUUUGUACCCCGAGGGAGAGAAUCGCAUCCCGAACAUGCCUACAUUGUCGCUUAUGAUGGUCAGAAUACUCUGCAUGUUGCCAGCGUGUUCACCGAAUAAAACUAUGUCGUCGGCGUAUUCUAAGUCAACAAGUGAGCCUCCUGGUAAAAGUUCAACUCCAGGAGAUUGAGAUGAUGAAAGUGCUAUCUCUAAAAGUAUGUCAAUGACAAAGUUAAACAAGAAUGGGGAAAGUGGACAGCCCUGACGAACGCCACUUGUGGUAAUCAAUUCUGAUGACAGUUCGCCAUAGGCCCUAACUCGACCAGUUGUGUUCGAGUAGAGAGCCUUUAUGAGGUUAAUGUACUUCUUUGGUACUCCUUUCGGUGACAAACACUGCCAUAGAACCUCACGAUCAACAGAGUCAAACGCCGCCCUAAGGUCAAGAAAUACUACGAUUGUGGGACGUCUAAAUGUGUGUCUUUGUUCUAGGACCUGACGUAGAAUGAAUAUCUGGUCUAUGCAACCGCGUCCAGGUCGAAAACCAGCCUGGUUUUCUCUAGUCUGCUCUUCACAAGUUUUGGUUAGGCGUCCAAGUAUUAUUGAAGCUAAUAUUCUAGACACUAUAUUAGACAAACUGAUCCCUUUGUGAUUGUCACAGGAGGACUUUUGUUCUUUCUUAUAUACUGACACAAUCAGUGAUUGGGACCAUUCAGAUGGAAUUACGUCCAGUUCCCAGAUUCUAUCUAAGACCUCAGUCAAUCUCGUUGUUAGUACUGAACCACCAUCCUUAAAAAUCUCAGGGGUCAACCUGUCAGGGCCUGCUGCUCUCCCUCGCUUUGGAUUUCCUAUAGGUUUUUCAACCUCGUAGAGAGUUGGAGGACUUACCUCGAUUUGCCAUUCAGGACGACUGGGGAUCGUGGGUAAUUGAAGUGUGGCUGAAGGCCAGUUGAACUGAUCCCUAAAGUGUUCUGCCCAUCGAUCCAAUCUCCUGGAUUGAGAAUGAAUGAUAUACUGUGAUGUUUAAAUAAAUCAAUGACUUGUUUGUAUUGAUGACUGUUGUAAUUUUGAAUUCCAAAUACAAUACAUUCGUUUGUGCUCCUCUUGUACUUCUUGAAUAAAUUGCGUUAUUCCUGGGAUUACUAGUUUAUACUACAAUUCAAAUACUUCUAAUUACCACAUUGGCGUCGCGAUUGAGCCUGUGAUGGAACGGUUGGAUAUAAAUUCAGAUUUUAAUGCUUUUGAGGAGUACAUGGAGAGGUUCGAAAUCUGGGCUUUGACCAAGGAAGAUGAUGAAGAUUUUAAUAUUGUGGCACAUUUUCCUACAUUCAUCGGUCAAGAAGCCUACAGUUUACUAAAAACCUUGACAUAUCCAGAUAAGCCGAUUUCACUCCCAUAUACAACUCUCAAGGAAUUACUAUUAAAUCAUGUGAAGUGCACCAGUUUUGAAUGUCGUGAGAGAGCGAAAUUUCAUAAGAUGAUUCGUCAGAAUUACCAGAAGGUUAAAGACUUCAUCCUUGAAUUGCAAAGACAAGCUGCCAAAUGCAAUUUUGGUGAUAAACUUCAUGUACAUCUGAGUGAUCGAUUAAUUGCAGGAAUUAACAUAUCAGGUCUGGAAAAGGAGCUGUUAAAAAUGCCGAACUGUUCUUUUCAAGAUGCUAGAACUGCAUGUAUUAACUACGAACCAGUGAAUGAACUUGAUAUUCAAUCGAUGAAAAUUUCUAAUACUUUGCUUAGUCGUCAUGAUGAAAUACAAUCUCAGGGUCGACCAAAUUUGCGUUCGUUUAAUCGUGAUUUUUAUUCUCGUGAAAAUAUGAAAGAUGAUUCAACAAGGGACUGCCAAGGAAGCAACAGAGGUGAGAGUAAUUUUGGUAAAUUCUUAUCUUGUGGCAAAUUUCAUUCUCGUAAUUCAUGUGCAUUUCGUAAUGCUAAAUGCUUUAACUGUGGUGAAGCUGGACACAUUCAGUCAGUUUGUAAUACCAUGCUUCAUUUUGCUUUAUCUUUAUCUAGAAGUGGUAUAACGUUAUAUAACAGUUCAGAUUUGAAUGAAACCCAGAGUCAUUGCGAGACGAAAAUUCCCAACCAACCAACUGAUCAGAUUUCUCAUGUUAUUGUACCAAAUAUGGUUUGUCAUAAUGAUUCACAUACUUCUGAUGAAAUUUCCUACAACUCUGAGAAUAAAAUGUUGAAUGAGUCGAAUCAUGAUCAAAAACCGGAUUCACUUUUAGUAGAUGCUGAUUUUUCUAAUGAUCCAUUAUUCUCUAAUGAAACUCUUAAUCAAUUUGAGGAAAAUAUUUCAGAGAAAUCGAAUUCUGAUAUCAUAUCAAGUGUCAGUGGUCCUCACAAUCAAUUUAUCUCUAAUGAUAUUCCUAAUGAAUGUGAAAAAUAUGUUCCAAAUGAGUUGAAUUCUAGUCAUAUUUCUGAUGUUAUUGUGCCAGAUGUUGGAUACUCUUACGAACAAUGUAUGUUGAAUAGAAUCCCUAGUCAGGGGUAUGAUGAAUCAGAGGGGAUAGCAAAAUUUACCGAAAUAAUCAGAGAAGCAGUUUGCCCAGAAGUGAAGUUUACACAGGUAGGGAAUCCAAAUCAAGUCCAAGAUUAUCCUAAUGAAUAUGAGGCAGAUGAAUGUUUUCUAUCCGAUUGUUUCGCAGGUAAAUCAAGGCUAGUUGAAUCACAUGUGUUAAUUACAUAUAUCAAUGCAUAUCCAUUUGUGUAUUCUAAUAUGAAUAACAAAAAGAAUAUGUAUCAUAAUUUUUAUUCAAGUCAAAGUCACAUGAUGGAAUACCUCAAAUUAUAUAUCAGUGUUUAUCUCCAAAUACUCACAUACAGUAGUCGAUGCGUGAGAUUUGAGAAGAUACUGCAAGUUGGAAAUGUUAUAUUAGCUAAAACAUUGCGAAGUAAGGACCCAACAUUAUUUCGUGGGGGAGGAUACUGUUGGAAAGUAUAUGAUGCAAAUUCUAAAUAUCAAUGGUUUCACUACACAACCGACAUGCUGAUUGUAUACAAUUCUAGAACCCAGGUGAGUCUGUUCCAAUUUCCGUUGUUAAUUUUAAUACUAAUGAGUGCAUUCUAGAUAAUACAGAGUGUACAUUCAAUACACCAUCGGACAGAUGUAAGAUGAACUUAAGAAGUAAACAAACAAUCGAUGACAGACACUUACACUUCAAUUCGAGCUGUGGCGGGUGUGAUGUUUAAAUAAAUCAAUGACUUGUUUGUAUUGAUGACUGUUGUAAUUUUGAAUUCCAAAUACAAUACAUUCGUUUGUGCUC